GUUAAAUUUUUGCUCCAGUUAUUAUUACAAUAUUUUAACUAUCAAGAAUUUAAAUAAUCUCACGAGGCAGGGCAACCGACCGGAGCCCUAAUUCCAGCCCUGUUUUCCAUUACCGGAGCUCCGCCAUCGCUGCUGCGCUCUUACUGAGAUCUCAACCUUCCCCCAACGCAGCAGUUGGCUCACCUCCCGAAUACGAAACAGAGAUGGAUGUAGACGACGAGUAUGAAGAAAUAGAGGAAGAAAUAGAGGAAGAAAUCGAGGAAGAAGAGGAAGAAGAGGAAGAAACAGGAGAAGAAUUCGAAUUCGAGGAAGAUGAAUCCGAAGACGAAGUUGUAGAAGAAGCGGGAGCUGAAGAUGAUGAGGAACUAGUCUCAUCCAAUGCAAUAGAUAGCAGAAAAGACAUAGCUGAAGUAUGCAAGGAAGCAGCAUCAGUAGCUGAAGUUGAGGAAGAGUUAACUCUGGUCAAUGGAAGUAGUGUUAAAAAUCAAGAAACGGAUAAAGAAGUGAAAGCUGAAGUGGGAACUGAAAAUGCAGUGAGAUUAACCCAAGUCAUUGAAGAAGAUAAUGUGAAAGAAGAACUGGACAGAAAAGGACCAGCUGCAAUUGCCCAAGGAUUAACUGCAUUCGAGAAGAUAGAUCAUGGAAAAGUUCAAGGAAUGAAUGAAUAUGCAGCUGCAGAAGUUGUUGAGGAACAGGCACCAGCCAUUAUAAAUGAUCAUAAAGAAGAAAAUGGACAAGUUGUGGAUCCUGCAUGGCUUGACAAGGGUUUGGGAUCAAAUUCCGCUACUCUACAGGAACCUGUAGCAAUUCUUUCAUUGGAUUUUUCUGUAGUACGGAACAAUCAUGACAAUUACAGAAACUCUAGUCCAAACCUAGCAAAUGAAGGAAACCAGUCAGCAGUUCAUGGAAAUAAACCUCACAGUGAUGAUAACAGCAUUUCUCUGCACGAGGGAGGAGUUCCUGAGAAGGCUUUUGGUUGUGAAACCAGUGCUGAAAAUGCUGAAAUAUUUGGUAUUGAUGGUGCUAGCAAGGGGACUAUUGGUGCUCAAUACUGCAAAGAUUUAUCUGAUCGGGAAGCAGCACAAGCACAAGAUGUGGAAGAUAUGGAUAUAUCUCCAAGGUCAGACGUUCCUCACUCAAGACCGCGAAGUUCGCCGCCUGGUUCUCAAAGUAAUGAAAAAAACAAACGGCAAGCAAUUAUAUGUGACUUUUUUUCUAAAGGCUGGUGCAUCAAGGGAAAUUCCUGUAGGUUCCUUCAUGUAAGGGAUAAUGCUGCUAGCAGUCCCAAGGAGGGUGGAGUAGAUGCUAAGCUAAAAGGCACACUUGAAGGUUUGAAGGAUACAACUCCAAUAUUAGCAAAGAAUAUGCCUUCUGAUCCAGCACUUUCUUGCGUUGAACGUGAAGCAACACUAAGGUCAAAGAGUGGAGAGGAACUUCCGGUAGAAAAAAGUGAUCCUUUGUCUAUUACCUCUUUGAAGGACAAUGACAAAGGCAUGGAAUAUUUUGAACCUAAACCAUACUUGGCCAAUCAUAGCUGCUCUUCCUUGUCAGUACCCAAGGACUGUUCUCAAACCUAUGGGAACAUCUCUUUCGAUAAAGGGUUGCCAUCUAAGAAUUACCGAAAUGCUGGAGUCCCCACGUAUUUAUCACAUUUAGAAGGGAUAAGAACUAAGGAAAUCCAGUCACUGCAUGCUGUCCCCCCUGGCUUGCAGAAGCCUGUAGAAGGUGGUAAAGAACGUUCUGUUUCUGGAUCUGUUGUCUCUCUGCAACACAGGUCUCCUCCGAUCUCUUGUUCUGAAUCAGAACUAAUUUCUCACGUUGAUGUAUCUGCCUUCACCCAGCAAUCAUCUCUGUGUAAGCCUAAACCAUUCAUUGACAAUUGGGAGCGUUCUAUUCCUUUUCGACCAUCAUUCUUGAUAACUCGGCGUAUGUUAUCUGAGGCAAGCCUAUAUGAUCCUAUACGAGACAGUAUUGAGCAAACAAAGGCUCAAGACAAGCCCUCACAGUCCCCUAUGUCAGGUCAAGAUACAUCUGUUUCUGGCACACAUGCGUGCGAGAAUGCUGAUCCAAUAGUAACAGGAGGCCUUUUCCCUGAUCAGAGCUCAAACAAACAGUCAGUUUCUAGCCACAGCUCUCACAAGGAUACUGUUCGGAGAAAGCUGUCGGAGAAAGAAAAUGAACUGAACGAUACUGCUGGAUCACCACAUGAGAACGUUCGUACUAGCUCGAAAGGAAAACAGCUUUUGAAAUCUACUGAUUUUAGAGGUAACACAGAAACUGAUAAAGCACAUUAUGGUAAUCACACCAUGCAGAAGAAUGGAUUGAAGCGUAAGAUGGAAGUGAAGGCAGAGAAAGCAAAAGGUCGAAAUAAUGUUGAUGUAUUAGUUCUCCAGGAAUCCAAAGCUGGAAAGCAGUUUCAGGCUGCUCUUGUGGAGUUCAUCAAGGAUCUAUUGAAACCAACAUGGCAUUUGGGUUUUGUCAGUCGCGAUGCUUACAAGAUAAUAGUAAAAAAGACAGCUGAUAAGGUUAUGGGCGCAUUGAAUCCCCAGCAAAUUCCUGAUACUUCCGAAUCAGUCAAAGAAUACCUUUCAUGUGCUCAGCCGAAACUUGAGAAGCUUGUUAAUGGUUAUGUUGAUAAGUAUGGCCAUUUGUGACAUGCAGUACAAACGUGGAACCUAGUGUACUAGGUAGGUUGUUUGGAGCUAUCCCAGCUGGGGGUAUUAGGAGUUCUGCCAAAUGGUUCCAUUACUCUUCUGUUGGAGAGUAUUAUGUAAUUUCUAGGGCCUAAAGCUCAAUCUUAUAUAAAGACUAAAAAGCUCUACUGGUUCACUUAAUUGUUUUUAGACAUCAACAAGCUAUCUGUUUUUUUUUUUUUUGUAUUGUACAGUUUAGUAUAUCUGCCGUAUAACUUUGUGAGUAUCUUGAGUUACUUCUUACUACGAGGAUAGAGCUUGCUAACUAUUUUUUCCUUAGAAGCAUCUUGCAGCACAAGGCUUUGGAUUUGUUGUUUCUUCAACCAUACAAGAUGGUGCAGUGUAGUCAUGUAGAUUAGCAUCACUACAAAUCUCAAUCUAGUAACCUAUAUUGAUAAAGGUUGUAUGCACAUUGAUUUGAAUGAAGGUUGGGUAAACUCAUAGUUUGUUAUGCUUUGUAUCACAGCUAUGGGCCGAGUUCGUGUCUCUCACAAGCUGUGAAGUCUAGUUGCACAGUUUACAUAUGCAAAAUUGAAGAGACAUUCAAACAAAUAAUUCCCAUUGCAAAGAGGACCAACUGUGGCAGCUUCAGUAGUUAUUAUUACUAUCAUCAUCAUCAUUAUUAUUCUUUCAUCUAGCCAGCAUCUCUUCCACCCGACAAAAUCUUAAUAUUUUUUCUAUUGUGCAUGUAAGAUCAUGUAUAUAAUGUAAUGAUCGAUUGCUGUUUGCCUCAUUAAGUUAAAGGUGCAAAGGCAUAAGUGAGCCUCUCGCCUCAUUGAAGCCCCUGUUAGGGUUUGGUUUUGACCAGGCUAAACUUGCAAGUGUACAAGUGUCGAUAUAGUAAUAAAUUCCGGUAAAAUACCGGGUCGAAUCCACAGGGAAACGUUGUUUAAUUGAAGUCCGAGAGUAGAUA